GAAGAUUCUUCCGGGUCGAUGUGUAUUCAAAAUGGUGGCGAGCAUUGUCGUUUUAAACUAUAAAGGUUGAACAUUUCGUUCACAUUUUUUUUUCUGUCUUAGAAUUUUUAAAUAUUACAAUUUCGGGAACGUCUGUGCAGAAUAAACAGGAUGGCGUUUUUAGGGACCAUAAGACCUAUGCUGUCCUCUGUUCUGCAGGCAUCCCGUUCUGUAUACUCGUGGCCUGGACCUGUGUUCACCAGGACAAUGGCCACACUUAACCAGAUGCAUCGUAAGGGAAAACCUUCCCCACCUCCUAAAAAGAUCAGUGCCACCUUUGGACGGCCACAGAUGAAAGCUGUAGUCCUGAAGACUAUGAUCAGGAAGCCAAAGAAGCCGAACUCUGCAAACCGCAAGUGUGCGAGAGUACGUCUCUCCAAUGGUAAAGAAGCUGUCGUGUUCAUACCAGGAGAAGGUCACAACCUCCAGGAGCAUAAUGUGGUGUUGGUGCAAGGAGGACGGACACAGGACUUACCGGGGGUCAAACUUACUGUAGUCAGAGGGAAAUAUGAUUGUGCACAUGUAGUCAAAAAGAAACAGUAAUCAACUAUAGAUUAAAGUAGUCUGUUAAAAAAUGACAUGUUAACUUAAUUUUCUUUUUUAAAACAACAGUGUACAUUUGAUCUACAUAACUUAUACAGUUGCAUAUGUGAUACAUAAAGUGUAAUAUGACUUCAACAAUGUGACGAGUUGUCGGUCCUGAUGGAGAAGGAUUCAUACAUAUACUUUAUCUCAACAGUCCUAUAUUGUUGUUUUGGCAGUCAUCUUUUGGUUCUGAUUUUUUAGAACUUUUUCUGUUUAAGUGCGUGUUGUUUUCAUAAAAAUUCAUUGAUGAAAGUGAAUUACGCUGUGGCUCUUACUACUUACUGAUAUAAAAAGACAAGAUUCCUUUUUGUCACCUUGUACUAUAAUUGUUUAAUACCUUAAGAAGGCAGCUACUGUAAUCUAUUACACCUGUCACUUUUUGUUUUUCAACCUUAGUUUUAGUGAAGUAAAGAUUACUUCACCUAAUUAAUAUUCAUCAGUCAGGCUGAUAUGAUUGAUAACAAAUGAAGGAAAUCAUUUUCCCAAGAAACCAAAUUUGUUGUCAUAGAAUAAAACAGUCGGGAAAUAAACAUGUUUUAAUCUAGUGUA